CGUCAGAUGUGACGACGUUUCACGGAGUUUCAAGGCAUCUCUUGUGUUAAUGCUGGAAACUUAGCGCAACAACAACUGAAAAGUUUCCGAACAGUUAGGAAAAUGGCCAGCGCGGCGCGAAUAACGGAAACAACCCGUGGUUGAAGAAAACUAAACUGAGAAAAAAGGUUCUCCUUACUCCGAAAGUAAGCCAAACAGCAUGAUUACGUAGGUUUCGGUUUCCGAAAAAAAGUGUAGUUUUUUUUUUUUUUUGGAAGUUUGCUGCUAAAGUAUGGCGCGGGCCAGCGAAGAGAGUGCAAUGGAGCAGAAGAGACGCACGAGAAAAAAAUCAAAAAAGAAAGAGAGCAAAAGCCGCAGCGUGCACUCUAACCUCCUGUAUGCAUCUUUCACGGCAGAAGAGAAUCCCAACAGACACUACGCCAGCAACAAGAUCAAAACCACCAAGUACACGCUGCUGUCUUUUCUGCCGAAGAACCUAUUCGAGCAGUUUCACCGCUUUGCCAAUGUCUACUUUGUUUUCAUCGCGCUGCUUAACUUCGUACCUCUGGUCAACGCUUUCCAGCCUGAGCUGGCCUUGGCGCCCGUUGUCUUUAUUUUGUCGGUUACCGCUAUCAAAGACAUUUGGGAAGAUUACAGAAGGCACCGCUCGGAUAUGGAAAUCAAUCACAUGGAUUGCCUAGUUUAUAGCAGAAAUCAAAAGAAGUACCUGGAGAAAUACUGGAAAGAGAUCCAAGUUGGGGAUUUUGUACGACUGCGUUGCAAUGAGAUUAUUCCUGCUGAUGUCCUGCUUUUGUCUUCAAGUGACCCAGAUCGUUUGUGUUAUAUUGAAACAGCUACUCUGGAUGGGGAGACUAACCUCAAGCAACGGCAGGUGGUGAGAAGCUUUGCAGACCUGGACUGUGAGUUUGAUCCCAUAAGGUAUAACAGCAUUAUUGAAUGUGAGAAGCCUAAUAAUGACCUUAACAGGUUUCGCGGUUACAUUGCGCAUAAAGAUGGAAAAAGAGAUGGGUUGUCCAAGGAUAACAUUUUGCUCAGGGGAUGCACUAUACGAAAUACAGAAGAAGCUAUAGGAAUAGUAAUUUAUGCCGGUCAUGAAACCAAAGCUAUGCUCAAUAACAAUGGACCACGUUACAAGCGCAGUAAACUGGAAAGACAAAUGAAUGUGGAUGUAUUCUGGUGUGUGAUCAUCCUUUUCACUAUGUGUUUGUUUAAUGCUGUGGGUCAUGGACUGUGGGUUUGGCAGUAUGGAGAUAAACGACCAGUGUUUGAUGUUAGCCCUGAAGGAACGGACUUAUCUCCUGUCCUUUCUGCGGUGUAUCUUUUUCUUACAAUGAUAAUUGUUUUUCAGGUGCUCAUUCCUAUAUCUCUUUAUGUAUCUAUUGAAAUUGUUAAAAUAUGCCAAGUGUAUUUUAUUCACCAAGAUUUGGAUUUAUACGAUGAAGAAACGGAUUCCCACCUUCAGUGCCGAGCACUUAACAUCACUGAAGAUUUAGGACAGAUACAGUAUAUCUUUUCUGACAAGACAGGAACACUGACAGAAAAUAAAAUGGUGUUUCGAAGAUGUACUGUAGCAGGAGAAGAAUACUCUCAUGAUGCCAAUUCAAGAAGAUUAGCAAUGUACCAAGAAAAUGACUCUGAAGAAGAGGACUUCAUACCCAAGCCAGAUACCCUUUCAAGACGUGACAGUGUUACAAGUCAUCAGAGCAACAAGUUUGUGCAUAGAACUCAAAGCACAAAGUCCCAUCGUAGAACAGGGAGUAGAGCAGAAGCAAAAAGAGCCAGCAUCCUUUCUAAACAUACAGCCUUCAGCAGUCCCAUGGAAAAAGAUAUUACUCCUGACCCAAAGCUGCUAGAGAAGAUGAAUGACUGUGCUAAACAGCUAAGUGUUAUGAGAAACCUUGGACAACAUUUGAGUAACCUCAGUACAGAAUUGUCUGAUGUAAUUGAUUUCUUUAUUGCAUUAACAAUCUGCAAUACAGUCAUUGUCUCCUCUCCAAACCAGCCCAGACACAAGGUUCGAGGUAGAUUUGAGCUGAAGUCACCAGUGAAGACCAUUGAAGAUUUUAUUCGACGAUUUACUCCAAGUCGAUUAACAUCAGCAUCUAACAGUAGCAGUUUCACAAGCUUGGUGACAAAUAAAUCAUUCCUCAGGACAUGUUCCAGUCAUCUCUCUUCCCCUUCUUCAGAUGCAAUAAAUAAACUGGAAGAUGACCCUGGAAGGUUUACACAUUCUGACUAUUCACUUAGUUCACAACAGAAAGUCUACAGCAUAGAAGGCACUGAAGAUGGAGAAUUACGCUAUGAAGCAGAAUCACCCGAUGAAGCAGCUCUUGUCUAUGCAGCACGAGCUUAUAAAUGUGCUCUUUUUGGGAGACUACCUGACCAGGUGACUGUAGAAUUACCCUACCUUGGGAAGUUGAAUUUUGAACUUUUGCAUAUACUGGGGUUUGAUUCUACACGAAAGAGAAUGUCUGUUGUUGUAAGGCAUCCUUUGACCAAUGAAAUUGUUGUUUAUUCGAAAGGAGCUGAUUCUGCCAUAAUGGACCUUAUUAAGCCAUUUCCAUCAACUGACAUUAAAAGUAAACGCCAAAGAAGAAUUCUAAGCAAAACUCAAAAUUACCUUAACCUGUAUGCUGCGGAUGGCCUUCGGACUCUUUGUAUUGCCAAAAAGGUCCUUACCAAAGAAGAAUAUGCUCAUUGGCUAAAAAGUCAUCUAGAAGCCGAAUCUGCUAUUCACCAUCGUGAAGAACUGCUUUAUCAGUCUGCUGUUCGGUUAGAAACAAAUCUUCAGCUAUUAGGUGCAACUGGGAUUGAGGAUCGUUUGCAAGAUGGAGUACCUGAAACUAUCGCAGCCCUGAGAAAAGCUGGGCUACAAGUCUGGGUCUUAACGGGGGACAAGCAAGAAACAGCAAUAAAUAUUGCAUACUCCUGUAAACUACUGGACCAUGAAGAAGAAGUCCUCACUUUGAAUGCUGACAGCCAGGAGGCAUGUGCCACCCUUCUUGAUGAAAGUUUACACUAUAUCCAAUCCAAGUUUCUCAAUAAUACGCCAAAUUAUUCAGUUGAAGAUACAGAAGUUGACUUUUCUUUUUCUCAUGUGAGUUCAUCUUUCUCCAUGGUUUGCUGCCUUGGAUUGGUAAUUGAUGGGAGGACAUUAGCAUAUGCUCUGGAUAAAAGCUUGGAAGAUAAAUUUCUUGCAGUGGCACGUAGUUGCAGAUCAGUAUUGUGCUGUCGUUCCACACCAUUGCAGAAGAGUAUGGUUGUGAAGCUUGUUCGGAAUAAGCUGAAAGUAAUGACUUUAGCAAUAGGGGAUGGUGCAAAUGAUGUCAGCAUGAUUCAGGUGGCUGAUGUGGGAGUAGGAAUCUCAGGACAAGAGGGGAUGCAGGCUGUCAUGGCUAGUGAUUUUGCAGUACCACGAUUUCAGUAUUUGGAGAAACUGCUUCUUGUACAUGGACAUUGGUGCUACUCAAGACUUGCAAAUAUGAUUCUUUAUUUCUUCUAUAAAAAUGCUAUGUUUGUGGCCCUUCUUUUUUGGUACCAGUUCUACUGUGGAUUUUCAGGAUCAUCAAUGGUGGACCAGUGGUAUCUUAUAUUCUUCAAUCUCAUGUUCUCAUCUUUCCCCCAGCUGGUUACUGGUAUUCUCGACAAAGAUGUUUCCUCACAAACACUAUUGACCCUACCUCAACUCUAUAAGAAUGGACAGAACUCUGAGGAAUAUAAGCCGCACAUGUUCUGGAUAAAUAUGAUUGAUGCAUUCUACCAAAGUUGUUGCUGCUUUUUCAUACCCUAUUUUGCAUAUCUUGAUUCAGAUGUGGAUAUGUUUACUUGGGGAACUCCUAUAACUACUUUAGCUCUUUUCACCAUCUUAAUGCACUUAGGAAUUGAAACAAAAACUUGGACAUGGCUGAACUGGGCAUCUGUUGUUUUUAGCAUUGUCUUAUUCUUUGCAGUUGCCUUUUGUUAUAAUGCUUCUUGUCCUACCUGCUACCCACCAUCUAAUCCAUACUGGACCAUGCAGAGGCUCAUGGGAGAUCCCAUGUUCUACCUUCUUUGUAUUCUUACCCCUGUUGUUGCCCUUCUUCCAAGAUACUUGUACAGAGUAUUACAGGGAACAUUAUUCCCAACUCCUGUCCAACUAAGGCGCCAGCUAGACAAAUAUAUCCAGCCUAACUUGAGCAACACUCACAAAAACCAAAAAACAGGACCCUGGCUUGAUCCAGAUACUCAUUUUCAGCCAUUUUGUAAACCUUUUCUGAAGGAUCGUUCUAGUGCAGGAGAACAAUUACCCUCUUGUAAGAGACCAGAAGCUCCAAAAUUAUCUGAAAAUGGUUCUGCUGGAGUAAUAAAUACAUCAAAAUCUUACAGUAUAGAAAAAGAGGAUAUCUGUUUGCAAAAUGCACAUUUAUGGGAACCCUCUUCAACACACAAAAAACUACCAAAUUCUGAAACUGAAACACUGCCUUUCACAAAAGAUAUUGUGGACUUUGAUUCUACUUUUAAUGAAGAGGGCUUCGUACUGGAUUCUGUUUUGGACUUCUCUGACUUCAAUUUACUCAACUGGAUAACAUCAACUCCAUUAUUUAAAUCGUCCAGACACCUGGGAGAGCCUACAGCACAGAACUUUUUGAAAACUGCUGAAAGCAAUAGGGGAGGCUGCCCCCAGAGCAGUACUCACAUAGAGUCUAAAGAAGGAGUUGCAAAUGGACAAGACGAGCAACUUGCAUGCACUACUGCCACUGAUGUCAAAGCAGUCGUGUCUGUCUCGUUAAAAGAGGGAAUUGUUGAAACAAUGUUAUUGUGACAUCAUCUGUAUUUACAGAUUAUUUAUCUUUUCAUUUGCACAUUCUGAUGUAAAAUACUGUGCCAACAUGUACAUUUCCAAAGUAAUUUUGUUUUUGGUUUUUUCCUGUAAAAUAUAAAUGGAUACAGCUUAUGCUAUAGUAUUUAAAUAAUGUUAUUUUUAUACAUAUAUCUUUUUUGUUCCUUUUUUUUCAGGUUUAUUGGACCAAAUUCAGAUGCAUUUUAUUUUUGUAAAUAUUGUGAAAGGUUUACUUAAAGAUUUAACUUCUGUUCAAAAAAUGAUUCCAUUAAGCAAUUUCUAUGUUUGGAAAAUGUUUCGAAAUUUUAUAGAGUACUGAAGUAUUUCAUUCCACAGAAAUGUUCAGGGUUACCUUGUUGAUAUAUUUUGGAAUUAUCUACUUUCUGUCCUUUGAAAUACUGGAAAUAAUACAAAAUAUACCAAUUUGAACAAUUAAAAUUACAGUAAUAGGCAUGUAAAAUAGUUUCAUGCUAGUUUUCUUAAGAUAAUUUUAAUAGAUUCAUUGCCAAAAUACAGAUGGCGCUUAGUAUACAUAAAAAUGGUAUCUAUUUUAUUAUAUUACUGAAAACACACUUUCUUAUCAUACAGUUUGUUCUGUUUUAUACUCCUUAAGCAGUAGCACUCCCUCUAUAACACACAGACUUCAAUUGUAUUUGGAUAUGUUUGAAAUAUCUCUUAAUUUUAGUUGGAACUGUUUUUAUGACUGCUGUUUGUUAUAGGAGCUGUACACUGCAGUAAGAAAUGAAAUUUACACCUAACUGAUCAAAGGCUUGUCCUGGCUUUUUCCAGAUCCAGCUCAUUUUCUUCACACAUGUAGCAGGUGGGGGCUAUAAAAUUAAAUGAAUAGCAAUAUAACUAAGUGCGUGUAAACUUGUCAUUGUUAAACAAAAAAAAUCACUCAAGUAUAUAAAUAUUAUAUUUCUCUAUGGAAGGGGAGUUAAAAAAAAAAAAAAUCAACCCUUCUCAGUGCUGCACUUUUUAUAUAUUUAUAUAUUUUUAUUCUGGAAAGAUAUCUCAGUUGUCAGAGAUAUAGCUGCUAUUUUAAAGUUUCCAGCAAUACAAAUCCCCCUCCCCAGCCCAGAGUGCUUGUACAGACUUUUGUUUACAACAGCAUGGAAGAUAGAUUACCUCAUAAACAUCGGUGCUGGUAUACACACUUUUGAAAAGAAAAAGUAUAUGUGUUUGUAUAAUUUAUAUAUAGACAGGUUAUAUUAGCAAUUGUAUGGUAGCUUUAUUCUUAUGUAAAAACGACGGUUGUGAUAAAUGACUUGGAUAUACCAGCAGAUUCCUUUAUACAUCCUGUAUAUACAUUUUCUGUGGAAUUAAGGUCAGUUACACUUCUUAUUUUAUUUUUUUACUUUUUUUUUUUUUUUUACUUUCUUGAUUUAGGAAGCAUUUAAUAGGAUAUAUGAAUUCUUGAAAUGUUCACGGUUACUUGUUCAUUCUAUCAUUUAGACUUGAAAAUGUGUUUAAGGAGAGCAGCUGUUCACACCAAACUAAACUAAACUAAACUAAACUAGGGAGAAGUCAUUAUAUAGUCUUUAUAUUCAAGAGCCAGAGAUAUCAUUGUUAUUGUUCUUUUAUAUUUGAAUCAUUAUUAUACUGUUAAUAUAGAAAGUGAAGCUGUCUAAUCAUAUUUAACAUUUUUUUGGAAAUUGAAAUAGAAAUGUAGUGCUUGAAAUGCUUAUUACUUGAAGUUUAAAGGUACAUUUUUAUUAAAAACUAUAUUAUGUGUAAUUCAUAUACUUCAUGUAACAUACGUAGUAGACAUUGGUAAAUGCCUUUCUAGAGUAAGCAAAAGUACUAAAAGUUUUAAUAAUAGAGUACAUUCUACUGUAAUUAGAUAAUUGUACCAAGCUAUACGAAAUGUUUAGGACCAAUGAAUAUUGCUUUUUUUCUUUGGAACAUGAAGAAAGCAUUUUAUUAUUUCUGGAAGUACUUUGCAUAUUUAUAAUUUUAUUUGUUCAAUUUAGCUGAUGGUAGUAAAUACAAGCACAUUACACUGUUGGUAGCAUUUAAUUUUUGCUAAGACUUAUUGAAAAUGGUUUUACAUUUCCAAUAAUGUAUGGUGUUCAUAUCAGCAUUUCAGCAAUUGCAUUUACAAUACUUUAUGUGCCUUAACACUGGACAGAAAAUUAAACAUUGUUGUACAUUU